AUGCCUGUUUGUUUUGGACAAGAUGACUUUACAACACUUGUAGAAAAGGAUAAAAGCUGUGGAAGCAAGAGGGGACUAAUUAAGGCCUCACAGAGAAUAAAAGACAACAAAUCAAGACAAGCAGGACUCAAUAUUGUCAGUUCAGAACAAAGGGCAGCAACAAACUUUGUUGCAUUCCAUGCUGUGCUUACCCCUAGUGCUAUACAUAAUCUUGGAAGCAAUGAGAACAUAAGAUUUGACAGAGUUCUGUUAAAUGAGGGACAUGGCUACCAUAAUCAACAUGGACUCUUCAUUACUCCAAAACCUGGAUUCUAUCUUUUCUCAGUUACUUUGGCAACAUAUUAUGGUAGACCAUUUUAUGCUGUAUUAAUGAAAAAUGGAGCAAGAUUAGUAAGCUUAUCUGGUAAUGGUCAAUAUUCAGGAAGUUAUCUUGACCAAAGUUCAAUUACCAUAGUAACCAAACUCAACGCUGGUGAUGAAGUAUGGGUGGUGCAUAUGACUCCAGUAGAUGGUUCUAUCUUGGGAAAUUAUUACAGUAGUUUUACUGGUGUUUUACUUGCUGACUUUUAAUAACAGAAAUUUAUUA